AUGCCAACUCAUUCAAAACUGAUCUUCCGUAAAAUCCCUCAGCGUGAAAGAGAAUCACAUGUGGUUAUAGAUUCAUCUCCGUCUUUAACAAAAACAUCGACAACAACACCAUUACUUUCAGAUUAUGAUUAUCAAGCACCACGUACAUAUCGUUCAUUAUCUCCACAAUCAAAAUGGGUUACAGUUCGUAAUAAUAUGCAUAGAAUUCGUUAUUUAGGUAAUAUGAAACGUAUGUCAAUUGUUGAUGAACCAAUUCGAGAUUGGUAUCUUUUUUUUCAAAUGAGACGUGAAUUAAAACGUGCUGAAGAACAAAUUCGUGCUAUUCAAAAUCGAACCGAUUUUACACCUGUUCGUCAUUUUAAGUUACCUAUUGAUGAAACACAUACUCGACGUUAUAAUGUCUCACAUGUUCGACCAACCGAUGGUAUUUAUUAUGCUGGUCUUGGUUCAGAACCAAUUGUUUUAGAAUAUUUACUUUAUUACUUCAGUAAAGAAUGCAAGGUACCAUAUGAUAGUAUAUUUUAUCCAUUUUUAUCGGAUGUUAAUUCCGUAUUAGCUGCAAAUCGACAACGUAUGAAUCGAGUUGUUGUUUAUCGAAAACUUGCAUUAAUUAUAACAUUAGUUGUUUUUAUUAUUAUUCUUAUUAUGUUUUUUUCAAUGAUAUUAAGUGUAUUAACGACAACAGCAAAUUUAAGACAAAUGUAUAAAAAUGCUCCUGAUGAAGAUAUGAAAUGGCGUGGUUCGAAAACAUUUCAAUCAAUCCAUUCGAUGAAUAAACCAAACUGA